AUGUAUAAAUACAAAGCAGCUGUUAUUCCGAGAGAGGGGAACAAAAGUGAAUACCUGGCUGUGAUUGGGUCGGCUUGUAGUUGUGGUUGGGGCCGAACCAAGUGGUCCGUCCACCUGCCUCUGCAACUGAAUGCCUCUGGACUCGACUCCAUUCAAAGCGCAUACACACAGACAUCUCUUAGACUGUACUCCAGUGCCAAAAAAUUUGUGUUUCAUAACUCGAGCACAACAUCAGUGCCAACAAUGCCCCGAUCAUUCCUCAUCAAGAAGUCCUCCAAACUCGUCAACAACUCCAUCAUCACUGCCAACACAUCGCCAAUCAAUGGAUGUACCGACGAUGAGGAGGAAAAUAGUCUCUCCAAAUCCAAUGACACCAAAAAUGUCAUCGAUUUGUCUUAUGCGAAGGACAGGACUAGUAAUCGCGAUAAGACAGAGCCGACAGCCUUUGCCCGCAUUUAUGGCAGUGUCUGA